AUGUUAACCAUUACACCAGUCCGGAUAUUUUUAAUUGCUUUCGAUUUAGAAAUUUAUAAUAAUGCUAUGGCUGAAAUUUCUCACUGUGUCUAUUGUUUUCAUGUUCUUAUAGAUUAUUUUGAUAAGCGUUUUGUCAAUCAAAAAAUCUUAGGAAAUAAUAGUAAUGAAGUAUCUCAUAUACCAAAUAUUAAGUCAUUUUUUCAUGAAGAUGUUUUAUUUCCUUUGUUUGUUACAUGGAAUAUAAUAAAUUCCUCUGGACAUAAAAGUUUGCGGGGAUGUAUAGGUACAUUUAAGCCUCAACCGUUAAAAUAUGGAUUGUAUUCAUAUGCUUUAACAUCAGCUUUGAAUGAUAAUCGUUUUCCUCCUAUUUUAAAAGAAGAAAUACCUUUUCUUGAAUGCUGUGUAACUUUAUUGACAAAUUUCGAAACUAUUGAGGAUCCUCUGGAUUGGACUAUUGGUGUACAUGGUCUUCAAAUAUCAUUUGUUUAUAAAAACAGGCAUAUGGGUGCAACAUAUCUUCCAUGUGUUGCUGAAGAACAAAAUUGGACUAAAGAAGAGACUUUAAAUAAUCUUUUGAUAAAAGCUGGUGUUAAUGUAAAUGUUUCUAAUUGGAAAAAAAUUAAUAUGAAAAUUAUAAGAUAUCAAGGAUCAAAAGCUGAAUGUACGUACGAUGAAUAUUUGAAAAUUAUCUCAUCAGUUGAUUAA